AUGGCUGACGUGGCUAGGGCUCCACGCACGAAGGACCUUGGAUCUGCAUCCAUCCAAUGUCUGAUGUUGACAUCGACAAACUACACAGUUUGGUCGAUGAAGAUGAAGGUUCUACUUCAUGUUCAUGAAGUGUGGGACACGAUCGAACCCGGUUCAGAUGAUCAAAAGAAGAAAGAUGUUUUGAUAGCUCUUUUGUUUCAAUCUGUUCCAGAGACGUUGAUUCUCCAUGUGGGAGAUCAAACUGCAUCUAAAGAGAUCUGGAACACCAUCAAGUCGCAACACCUUGGAGCUGAUCGUGUAAGGGAGGCGAGACUUCAAACGUUGAUGACGAAGUUUGAUAGGUUGAAGAUGGAUGAUAACGAUACAGUCGAUGACUUUGCAGGGAAGAUAUCGAGCCUAUCAUCCAAAGCAACCUCGUUGGGAGAAAACAUAGAAGAAUCCAAGAUGGUUAAGAAGUUCUUGAAGGGUCUUCCGAGAUACAAGUACAUUCAGAUCGUAGCGUCACUUGAGAAAGUCCUAGACCUCAACAAGGCGGGUUUUGAGGAUAUAGUUGGAACGCUUAAGGCGUACGAGGAGCGUGUAGGAGAAGAAACUCAGAAAGAAGACCAAGGGAAGCUGAUGUUUUCAAACAAUGAAGAGCAUAGUCAGAGGGGCUAUGAGAAUUCCCGUGGUAGUUUGGAAGAGAACGGAUUGGUAGAGGCAGAGGUCGGGGCAGCUGUCUGUCCCGAGAAGACAGUGAAGAAUCAAGAAACUAACCUAAACGAGACAGAAGAGGUCGAUGCACUUUAUGUACACGAGGUGGUGAUCUUGAAUGAAGAUAAGAAAAUUCCAAAGAAUCUUAAUAUCGACAAAGAAAAUGCAAGUGUCUGGUAUUUGGAUAAUGGAGCGAGUAAUCACAUGAUGGGAAACAAAGAGUUCUUUUCGAGUUUGAAUCUAAACACCAAAGGGAAGGUGAAGUUCGGUGAUGGAUCGUGUGUUGACUUUGUAGAAAAGGGUGUGGUUACCUUUGUAUGCAAGACUGGAGAGAAGAAGGCACUCAAAGACAUAUAUUACAUACCCGAUCUGAAGCACAAUAUGUUAAGUCUUGGGCAAGCAACAGAGAACAUAUGUGACGUUCAGAUGAAAGAUGUCUACUUAACACUCACAGAUUUGUGUGGAAGGUUGCUAGUACAUGUCACAAGAUCUCUGAACCGUCUCUACAAGACCCUUAUGGAGAUAAGCUACCCGGAGUGUUUACAUGUCAAGGAUGAAGAUGCUACAUGGAGGUGUCAUGCUUGA